AUGGAGUUUACCGGAACUCGAGUUUUUGACAUAGAGGAGUUCAAAAAGAACUUCAGUGAAAAGAUGGACGAGAUCUCAAAGCAAUUGACAGAGAGGUUGUGCGAGGACAUAGGGCGCAUAGUUGAUAGGGCAUUGGCUCCAAUCAAACGUGAAAUAAAGAUGAUUAAAGAGGAGCUCAAGGAAGAGGCCCUCGAGGAGAAGGAGUUCUCAGUGGAGCAGAUUCAACAAGAAGAUGAAAUUCCAGCAAGCAGGCAAGAAAAAUCGACGAGAAGAAUUUCUGGUGAGGAGGGCAGUAGUCCUUUUGAUGGCUACAAGGCAGUGGGCUCUGCCUCUGUUGUUCUCGGUGGAAGGAAGAGAAAAUUAUUUGAGAAGGGAGGGGCUGAAUGCAGUGGUUCCGGUGGAGGCCCAGGCUCCUUGGCCGGCGGUGCUCGGGGUGGUAAAUCUGGAGAUCUUUCACCAGAUAAAUUUAGGGGAAGCAGAUCUUGUGGUGGUGAAGGAGUAGCUACCAGACUUUGUCAUGGUGGAGGAUGCUUUAAAGAACACCGGUUAGGGAAGAGCAACACCUUGGAGAUUGGUGGCAAAUGUAGUGAAAUAAAAGGUGAUAGUGCAAACAAAUUUAUCGGUGGAGAUCGAGGUGGUUUUUGUGGUGGUAUAUUAGGUGGUAAGGCGAGUAUGAUAGUCGGCAGACCAACUUUAUGGUUCGAAAGAGCCGGAGGUAGUGGUCUAGGGCUCGUCGCCACUAGAGGAGGUGAGGGUUGCCACGGUGGUCCACAUUCCAUCGCACCCAAUUAUUCGGAAGGGGGUGGCUCCUAUGAUAUUAGCUUCAGUGGUGUUGCUUGUGAUUUCUCUAAGAUUGGGAACGUUGGAACUGGAGGUGGCUUCGGCGGCGCUAAAGGUGGUGGAUCUGAAAUCCUCGCCAACAAGUUGUUUGAGCGCGGUGGUGUGGGUCCUGCUCGAGGCAGUGGGUCUGGUAGUGCACCCAACAACUUCGUGGGUGGUCCAAGUAGAAUUAUUGGUGGAUCGGGUGGUGGUGUAGCCAAAGCAAACACUGGUGACAUUGCCGGCAGGAGAAUAUUGCAGUAG